UUUUUCUUUUUCGUGGGCUCGGAAAACAGCCGUGCAGCAGGUAGAAAAUUUUAAUUGUGACGUGCUGAACUAAGCAGAGCUAAAACUCGGUCUAAACGAUGAAACGCAGAUCAUCAACAGACUCUUCUUCGUUGUUGAAAGAUUCAAAAUCCUCUUCAACAACAUGUAUCAUAGAAAAGAAGCAAGAAGGAAAAAUUCAUUUGGCAAUUGUCAGUGGAGUUUUUGCAACUACUGGAAGUUUAUUCGGUAAAUUUACAAGUAGCGUUGAAAUGGAUUCUAUACUUGGAUUUCUGCUUAAAGCAGUACUUUUAGUGCUAAUGAUAACAAGCAAUACUGUAGGCUGUACAUUUUUCGUGAAAGCACUGAAUGCCAGUGGAUCUUCUUUACCAUGUACAAUUGCCAACGCCGCCACAAGCUACGUUUGCUCGGCACUGGUUGGCUCUUUGAUCUUUAACGAAUCGACAUCCCUUCUUUGGUGGUGCGGUAUAUCUUUCGUUAUUCUGGGUUUAUUACUCGUUUGUCACGAUCCAUCCGAAAGCGAUUCUGUGAAGAAAUCAAAGCAACAAUAAUUUAAAAAUCUUGUCAUCUUCCAUCACUUAUCCAUUGUAUAGCAGUAUUUAUAUUAGUAUGUACUUAAUUAAAUAAAUGAAUAAACCUUGA